AUAAAUUUUAAGUGUGUUGAUGUUAUCAGAUGGCGCUGGAGGAGUUGGGUGAGAGGAGCAACAAGCGAACAAAGGACACAGAGAAAGCAAAGCGUGACCUGGCUGACAAGUUGAGACGAGAAUAUGAAACGGAUAAACAAAAAGUAAUACAGUCAACAAUGAAGCAGAUGGAGAAAGAGGUUGAAAGAGUCAAGGAGGAGUAUCGAUCUAAGAUAUCUGAAAUAGAAGACAAGCACAAACAUGUCAUUUCUGAUACAAAGAAAAAGCAAUGGUGUUGGACAUGCGAGGCUGAGGCCAUCUACCACUGUUGCUGGAACACAGCUUACUGCUCCAUUGAGUGUCAACAACUUCACUGGCAUAAAGAGCACAAAAAACUCUGUCGCAGAAAGAGCAUGAAACGAUGAGACUACAUGACGAGGAUGCAUCUGGCAUCUUCCAGAUGUGUGUGGGUCUCUUAGUAGACUUAAGUCUUGUAAGUACAAUAAGCCCUCGUUUUUUAAUAACUUUUUUAAACUUGGUGGAAAUGCUUUUCCAGGUAAGAUCUUGGACAGAAUUACAUUUUAUUGUUCUUGAAUAUUAAUGAUCUCUCUGGAAUUACCAAAUUAUUAAUUGUGCCACAUUUUGUGCAAUUAUUUGAUUAUCACAUUGAUAUGUAAGCGUAUGAUAUGUAAACGCUUGAAUGGAAUAUAAUUUGAAACCCAUUCCAUGACUGGGCUGGAGUGUUAUCUGACUCCCAAGAUUUUCGAGAUUUUUCUUUAAUUUUGCUGAGACGUUUUCUUUGUGCUGUGUCAAAAUGCUUACUUUUAUUCAGACUCAUAAACAAGACCUUAAAUGCAAUGAUCAGAUAUGUAAACCAGUAUUGUAACACAGAUAUAGCACACAUUAAAACCAGGGAUGUAGAUGAGACCAAGACCACAAACUAGACCAUUUGCAAUUUUAGCAUUUAUGGAUCACAUGAAUAUUAGCCCCCCCUCCCCACCAGAUAGUUUUGGGAUGGGUAAAUUUCAGGUUGAUUAAGCUGGGUUGAAGAGGUGGCUUAAUCUUCAAGUAACUCAUAAAGGCUGAAAUAUGAGCGGUCUGUUUCAAAUUUUCGGUCUCGAUUACAUCACUGAUUAAAACACAAUUUCAACUCUAAAUGAAAAAUCCCUGGAUCUCAUAUGCUGGUUACUAAACUUUGAACAAACUAUUUUCUGUAUCAUUCUUACUGUUUUAGGCAUUCAAAGUAGGAAGCAUGCAGAAUUCUGCAGUUACUUCUCAGACCAUCUUAAUACCUUCAGUUUAUUGGUGAGGCAACUUAUUUAUUGAUGCGGCUAUUGUAGUUAAAGACAGUGGAUUUAGCACUUGAAAUUUUUAGUGAAGGGGAUAGUAAAAAAUACUUAAAGCCAGGAGUAGAUACCUUUGACAGAUUAAGGUAUGACAUGAGAAAGUACAGUAAUACAGUGAGUUCUGCUAUAGCGCGUGUUUUGACAUUGCGAAUUGGCUCUAACGCGAUUUAUGAAUAGAGGAACGAUAUUUGUAA